AUAUUUUAUCACUUGUCUUCUGUCAUCAGGUGAUCUAGGUUUGGGAGUAAAAAUCCUGAAAAAGGGAUAAAACGCCAAAUAUUUUCCUAAAUCAAUAUGUCUGGAAAAGAUAGGCUAGCGAUUUUCCCUUCUCGGGGUGCUCAGAUGUUGAUAAAGGCUCGUUUGGCUGGAGCACAGAAAGGCCAUGGUCUCUUGAAGAAGAAGGCUGACGCCCUCCAAGUGAGGUUCCGUAUGAUUUUGAGCAAAAUUAUCGAGACAAAAACUCUUAUGGGUGAAGUGAUGAAAGAGGCUGCAUUCUCUCUUGCCGAGGCUAAGUUCACAACAGGAGACUUCAACCAGGUUGUGCUGCAAAAUGUCACUAAGGCUCAAAUCAAGAUCCGCUCAAAGAAAGACAAUGUUGCUGGUGUGACCCUCCCAAUCUUCGAGUCGUACACUGAUGGUACUGACACAUAUGAACUGGCUGGUCUGGCCCGAGGUGGUCAACAGCUCACCAAGCUGAAGAAGAACUUCCAGAGUGCUGUCAAACUGCUGGUCGAGUUGGCCUCGCUACAGACUUCUUUCGUGACCCUCGAUGAGGUGAUUAAGAUCACCAACAGACGUGUUAAUGCUAUUGAGCAUGUAAUCAUUCCCCGACUGGAGCGUACUCUCGCUUACAUCAUCUCCGAGCUGGAUGAGUUGGAACGUGAGGAGUUCUACCGGCUGAAGAAGAUCCAGGACAAGAAGAAGAUCAUCAAGGAUAAGGCGGAAGCGCGUAAACAAGCGGCACUGCUUGCCGGCCAGGACUUGGCCAACGCAGCCAACUUGCUGGACGAAGGCGACGAGGACCUGCUGUUCUAGGCGCCGCGCCGAUAUUGUAGACACUCAUUUAUCUAGCCAGUUGUUAGUAGCGUGCAGUCAAGUCAACUCCCAGCAUUGGUCACCAACCACCAACAUCCGAACAUAACAAAUAUUUGAGCCAAUGUCCCAUUAGGAUUUUUAAAUGCCUUUUUGGAUUUUCUCCCUUCCUUAUCAAAGGUUUUCCAAACUUGACUGCAUGAAUUAUAAAAUGAUAUUACAGUGUUCAUUACCUACCCAUGUUGUAAAUACAGUAUUGUUGUAUCACUGUUAAAUAUGUACUAUGUGCUGUUACCACUAUCACCCCGCACUGCGGUUUAAAACAGCUGUUUACUAUUAAUAAUUAUAAAGAUUGGCUGUUUGCUUAGGUGUUGUCGUAUGUAAGCAUUCCACCCACAUUUUGGUUUUGUUUUUAUUUUUCAAAGCUUUUUUUAAACGCUGUAUGUAGCAUAAAAUCAGUAUAAGUACACCUAUUAAGUAUUUAUGGUUUUGAAUUGUUGUUUGGUAUCUUAACUAAUAUUUUAAGUAAGCAAUCAAUCAUGUAAAUACAAGUUUGUGACGCGAAAUAUAUUAUUAUUAUUGA